AUGGGUCCCGAUCUGGACCCUGGUAGCGUACAAGCCGAAACCAUACCGCUCUCUCACCUGCCCCGCAUCCGAAUCUGCAUCUCGAAGCAAUCACUUGCGCAAGCCAUCGUCCGCGGAGUCGAGCAGCUCGUUCGCCAUCAUAUCCGCCCCGACGUACUUCACCUCCACCAAUCGACACAGCCCAUCGCUGCCAGCGGCGUACCUCCCACAGCUACCUCCUCGUCAAACUCGGCGUCUUUGGGGCCAGUAUGGAACUGGAAUCUCGAGUUUGUCGAGGUCACCUCCGACGUCGGCGAUGAAUUGUACCCUGACUCGAGCCGCUUCACGUGGGUCUGCUCAACCUCGUCGGAUACCUUCGCUCCGUUCUCAUCAAAUGAAUCAACAUGUUCACAACAGGUCGAGACCCCGUUCGUCAUUACCGCAAAGUACCCUUCACGAUCGCCACACCUCGCCUUUCGAGCCCUAGGUCACGUACUAGCCGUGGCCAAAGACUGCCUAUCGCUGUCCGACAAUCUGGACCCCACCCUGACUCUUCACCCACACCUCUUUGUGGGUCCAUCAAGCUCCCAGUCCCCACACGGAUACUAUCUCUCCCCCGCAGCCGCAAACGAUAAGCUCAACAUCACUCAGACAGCAGAUUACGAGACCAUAGGCACCAUGAUUGACUGUUCCCGCAACGGAGUCCUCAACGUCCGCUCCACAAAAUACCUUAUCCGCACGCUUGCGCUCCUAGGCUACAAUAUGCUUCAGCUAUACACAGAAGACACCUACGAGGUCGACGGCGAACCCUUCUUUGGCUACAUGCGUGGAGGCUACUCUCACUCUGAGCUUCGACACAUUGACGAUUAUGCCAUCCAGUUUGGUAUCGAAGUCAUCCCCUGCAUUCAGACGUUGGGCCACUUGGGACAAAUGCUUCAGUGGCCUCGGUAUCUUGGGCUGCGUGACACAGCCGAAGUGCUCCUGCCCGAAUGGCCAGAGACAUAUGUCAUGUUGGAAAAGAUGAUCAGAGCCGCUACCGCUCCUUUCCGCAGCAAACGCAUCCAUCUGGGCAUGGAUGAGACCCACGGCCUUGGCCACGGAAGGUACUUCUCCAUCUAUGGCCACCAGAACAACAAGCCGGGCAGUCAGAUCUUUGUCGAGCACCUCGCUAAAGUCAAUCGCAUUUGCCAGUCGCUCCAGCUUGAGCCCAUGAUCUGGUCAGACAUGCUUUUCUGCCUCUCUGCACGCAAUAACUCGCUCGUUGGCUACUACGACUCGGAUCAACCUCUAGCCGUCAAGCAGCAGGGCAUUCCAUCCAAUUGCAGCCUCGUCUAUUGGGACUACUAUCAUACCUCGGCCGCUAGCUACCGAAAACGAAUCAAGAAUCACGAGGACCUGCGCGGUGCCAGUCCCUGGCUCGCCGCCGGCUCGUGGACCUGGUCGCGCUUUUGGACUGCACUGCCCUUCACCUUCCAGACCAUCUCUGCCAAUCUCAAAGCUGCCAAGAACUCGCCAGGUGUCAAGCACGUCUUCCUCACCAUUUGGGGCGACGAAGGCAACGAGGUGGAUCUCUGGUCAUCGCUUCCUGCUUGGUGCUACUACGCCGAUCAUGCCUAUUCCACCCAGGCGUCCUUGGACGAGACAGUGGAGCCUGGUAAUGAAGCGGUGGAUGUUCGGCUUCUUAAGAGCAAAUUUGACGCCAUCGUGGGCGGUGAUUGGGACGAUUUCGUCCACGCCUCUGCUAUCGACCACACAACCAAGGACGGCUUGGACGUGGCUGAAGACGACAAGAUCCACUUUGCCCCAAAUACGAGCAAAUGGAUGCUGUGGAGCGACCCUAUGCACAGCUUUGCCGAGCCUACGCUUGUUGCUUCGGGCUUCGAUGCCGAAGAGCACUACCGAAAUGUCGCAUCGAUGCUCAGUGAGAGGCUGGAGGGUGUAACGUUGCAGGAUCCUCUCCAGAAUCGCGACCAACUCGUAGUGAAAUUCAGCCAGACACAAAGCAGCGGAAAGGCUUCCGGCGGAUUGUUUGGAGCAGCUGCCUCGUUGCUCUCAGAGAUGACGGGAAGGAGCGGAGCUGCGGCAGUUGGAGGGCCCAAGACGGUGCGCAUUCUCUCGGAUCAUCCCUUCAACGCGCGGUUGGAACUGGCUCGGCUUGUUGCGCAGACACUGUCAUUAAAGGCGAACCUGCGACAAAGAUUACACCAAGCAUAUGUCUCGCGCAACUGGCCACAGCUGCAACAGCUCAACCGACGCACAGCUAGGUGCCUGGAUGCAGCCACAAAGACGUGGAGAUAUCAUCGAGAAAUGUGGAUGUCCAUGUACAAGCCGCACGGUUGGGAGACGCUCGAACUGCGAUAUGGCGGUCUAGUAUCACGUCUCGACACGCUGUAUCGACGCGUUGGAGCUUUCCUGCAACAUGUGCUUUCAUCCCCCGACGACGAGGCGGACGAGCUAGAUGCAGUACAACGGAGCUCCCAACGAGCUGACGUCUUUCUGCCUAGACCGACCAAUUUGGAUGGCAGAGCGUCAGGGGAUAGCUCCAAGCGCUCAUCGCUGGACAAGAAUGGCAGCGAUGAAGAGAAUGACAACGACGACAACAGCGACGGCGACGAUGAGUCGAUGCGCUCGAGAAGUACGCCGAGAAGCACCAAGUGGGGCUGGCAGGAGAAAGUGACGAGUCUGCCAGAGCUCGAAAAGCCGCUGCAUCUGGUCUACGGCAGCGCAGAACAAUUGCUCGAUUAUCACCGUGUGUCUCGACCCACUUACUGUUGA